AUGAUUCAUGGGCUCGGGGUCGAUAUAGUACACCAUCCUCGGAUAGCCAAGCUUUUUCUGCGCAAUGCGGCUGGCCUUGUUCGGCGCAUCUUGACGGAUCCUGAACAAGCUAGAUAUCAAGUGCUUGCAGAAGACAAAAAGCUGCCUUUCCUCUGCACUACCUGGGCCAUCAAAGAAGCUGCCUACAAAGCUGCCCAACCACUACCAUCCUCUUGGAAGGAUGCCGAAGUCUACCACCUCAAAAGCGGCGCACCAGCGCUACGAACAUCUCCUAAUGUACCCCUUGACUUCAAAGUCUCUGUCAGCCACGAUGGCGAAUACACAAUCGCUUCAGUCCUGGCAUCCAACUUGCCCAAAUCACUCAUGGACAAGCGAGGCACGGGAGAAAUGAUUGAUGAGCAUGAGCGCGACAUCCCACGCAAGCCUGAUGCGGCAGAUGCAUGGAUCAACAAGUGGUAA